AUGGAGGCUCUUCUGCAGGGACAAUCGCCGAGGUUCUCCAUGGCUGCGGAAGAUUUGCUACCGACUCUUCUGUGUACGUUUGCCGACUGGUAUAACAGCUCUGGACGGGCGGAGAGCCUCAGGCGCAAGUCUGCCCUGGCUAACACGAGUCGUACCGAGAUCGAGCUAUUUGUCGAGGAGUGGCAUGUUUUUCUCCCUCCUGACCACAUGAGGGUAUUCCAGGUUUGCCCUAUCCUAGGAUUCGUGGCUGUAUUUUUACCCACACCGAUUGUCCUGGCUCGUAUCCUGUCCCGAACACGAUUGCGGCAGCAGACGCUCUAUCUUCUCCUGGCCAACGCAUUGUUUAGCGACUUACUCUUUUUGGCUCUGUACAUGCUAAGCUCGUGUUUGAACGCCGCUGCUGUACUGAUGUCGGACUGGGCCUGCGCGACCAUGCUUUUCAUAAUGGGAGUGUUCUACAGCGCUGGUGUCUUCAGUGCUACGGCCAUAGUGCUGGACACCUCCUUGGCUAUACUGUUGCCGCUGCGAUACGCCACGCUAUGGCCUGUCUCUAGAACCUACGGAGCGAUCGCCGCCAUCUGGGCCGUGUCUGGUGUCUUUCCUGCCGCAUCUGUGGGUCUUUUCUUGUGGUAUCAUGCCAGGAGCCCAUGCACCCUUCACAUCUGCUCUCUGCCCUUAAUGCUAGUGCUAACUGUCAGCCACUCGCGGCCUCUCCAGGUUUGCAUGUUGCUGACCGUCACCGCUGUUUUGAUUACCCUGCUGCUGGUGGUUUUCGGUUACGUGGUCCUCUACUGUCACACCAGUAAGUCUGGAGUGUGGAGAGGCGAGCGGUCGUCUCGCGCUAAAGGAACGUUCCUGGUUCACUACCUGCACCUUUUCCUGUCCGUGUGUCCCAUCCUGCUACUGGUGAUCAAGCUGCUGCUGUACUGCUACAGUCGUGGGCUAAACCCCAGCGCCGGCCUGUGGGUGUCGUUGGUUCUCUUCAACUUCUUGCUGGUCUUGCCCAAAGGUCUGGCACCCUACCUGUACGGACUCAGGUACAGGGACCUGCGUGGAGCUCUGCUGGAUUUCUUUAGGCUCAAUAGGCCAAGGGCUAUAACUCCUGCAAUGUGA